AUGGAGCACGGGAACUUUAAAUCAAUCUAUGCUUGGUCAUCGGUGGUAGCAUCUCUCUUUUACUGCUAUUUCAUUCCUGCAAGAAUCCCAAAAGGCUUCUUGAGGCUGGUUUCUCUCCUACCCGUCUUCUGUCACUUCACAGUUCUCCCUAUGUACAUGCCCUCCAUCUUCUUCAGAGGAGUCUCAACGCUCUUCAUCACCUGGCUCGCCAACUCCAAGCUGCUCCUCUUUGCCUUUGGACAGGGUCCACUCGCCUGGGCCCAAUCCCAGUCCCUCCACAUCUUCAUCGCCUCCGCCGCUCUCCCCAUCAGAGCCAAGCGGGCAGAUGACAGCAACCCAUCCUCCUCCAAGAAAAAGGUGCCGUUUUUGAAUUUAGGAACGGAGAUCUUAGCCUUGUCCGUUUUAUUAGCCCUGGCAGCCAAGUACAGAGAAACUGCACACCCGCUGGUUCUACAAGCAGACUACUGUUGCGUGAUAUUUCUUCUGGUGGAUGUUCUGGUGGCGUUCUCGAGUUCCGUGGUCCGAGCCAUGGUGGGUCUGGAGCUGGAGCCGCCGUCCAAUGCGCCCUACGCAUCGACUUCUCUGCAAGAUUUCUGGGGAAAGCGGUGGAACCUCACCGUGACAAAUACGCUACGGCUCUCGGUGUACAAGCCGGUCAGGUCAGUGUCGGCAGGUGUAGUGGGGAAUCGCUGGGCCGCGCUGCCAGCCUUUUUCGCCACUUUUUUAGUCUCCGGUCUGAUGCACGAACUCAUAUACUAUUACGUGUCACGUGCGAAGCCCUCGUGGGAGGUGACGUGGUUUUUCAUUCUGCAUGGAAUCUGCGUCAUGAUCGAACUCGUAAUUAAGAGGGGUUUGAAAGGAAAACGGGAGAUGCCAUGGUUUAUUUCGGGCCCAUUGACGAUGGGGUUUGUGAUUAUAACCAGUUUUUGGUUGUUCUUUCCUCCCUUGAUGAAGUCCGGGGCUGAUGAAAUGGUUCUUGAAGAGUUCAGAUCUCUUUGUGAGUCUUGGAAGGGUAGGCUAGGGACCUUGUCUCCCAAUAUUCUGAGCCCCAAUUUGAGUUAA